AUGGACGACGAAAUCGCAUAUGAGAAUCAGGGAGUCGACCCACCUCAGGACGAUGCUAUGGUUGGAAUAGAGGAGAGAGCACAUACGCCAACACAUAACACGCGACACUCUGCAUCUGCAUCUGCAGAUUUUCAAACCCCAUCACAAUAUCCACAAGAAUACCCUGCCUCACCUCCACAAGAAGAUUCGACAAACGGUCGAUAUCCUACUCCUCCCACAGCCUUCCCUGCGUCACUGUCGCGUCCAGCUUCCGGUCUAUCAGGAAAUGGCAACUAUGGAAAUGCAUAUCAAGAACAAAAUUCAAGGAGUUCAGGUGCGAGUACGGAACAACAGCAACAACAACAACGAGGCUCGAAGAAUAGCGUCGUCAUCAAAGUUGGCAUGGUAGGGGAUGCACAAAUUGGGAAAACCUCCUUGAUGGUCAAAUAUGUGGAAGGCAGUUGGGAUGAAGAUUAUAUUCAAACCUUGGGAGUCAAUUUCAUGGAAAAAACUAUAUCGAUACGAAAUACUGAGAUCACAUUUUCAAUAUGGGAUUUGGGAGGACAGAGGGAGUUUGUGAAUAUGUUACCACUUGUUUGCAACGAUGCAGUGGCUAUAUUAUUCAUGUUUGAUUUGACGAGGAAGAUAGUACAAGUCAUAGCAUCAAUGUCCAGAAGAUCUUCAAAAUUGUCCUCUCAAAAGCCUUUGACCCUUAAAUGCACAAUCCCGGAAAUCGAAAAUGUCGGCGAACCUCUUCUCCUUUACCAGUCCGUUGGUUAG